UGCAAACUUCUCGUUAUAGUUGAAGUUUUAAAAAUGGUUUCUUCUAUUACCCUCACUGUAUUAGCAGCGGAAAGGUACCAUGCUGUACUGAAACCUUUGAGGGCAGGACUGAGGUUAAAUGAAGACAACAUCAAGAAGGCAGUUGCCUACAUUUGGAUAGCAAGUGUUGUAAUAUGUUUCCCGGAAUUUUUUCUUAAAGAGGGGAGCGAACCAUAUGAAAAAUGCAUCGGGCCAUGGAGUUUGCACAUGAAUCAAGGAAGCAAGGUUUAUAUUAUAAUACAUACUGCAAUAAGUUGUAUUCAAUUAGCGGUUAUACUUUACUGUUAUACACGUUUGAUUAAAGGCCUUUACUUCAAAGAAAAACACCCAGCAAUAGAUAGGGAAACAACAGCAGAGAAAAAGAAACUCGUCAUC